AUGGAACGAAAACGCUUGCAACAGCAACGAUUGAAACAACAGCAGCAAGAACGGUUUUGUGUAAGUCAACAAGAUCUCACCGAAGCAAUUGCUCGGAUGAAACCAGCACGACGUGCGACACAUACGAAUCUCUUGAAUGUCUCAUCACCAUCAUCAACUGUAUCGUUAUGUUCAGUGGAAACGUUAACUGUUCCGUCAGUUUCGGAAUUAAUUAAAGGCUACGAAGCACGUGCGAGUUCAACGCCUUAUGUAAGCGCUCAAGACUUUCUACCGAUAGAUAAUAUUGUUGCUACCGACCGAGUAGAAUCUAAUUGUGGCCAUCCUACAAAAAAUAUCAAGGUUAAUAAUAACGACGACAAUAUUUCUUCUUCUUCUUCUCCGCCUUCUACUUCUAACAAUAAUAAUCAAACACUUACAGAAAAAAUACAUCAAGAUCAAGUCACUGGAGAUAGAGAACAAGAGGCAACAAAGAAAGAACAAAUACAUCAAACAUUGGAUAACGAUCGUUAUAAUAAACGCGAGCAAACGUCAUCCACCUCGUCAUCGUAUUACAGCAUUCAAAGUGCUCAGCAGCCGGUAGCGAUGUUAACACGUACUCGAAGUCAAGAGUCCGCAAAUUCCAAACGACAAAAUCGAUGUUUUAGUGAAGUACUUAACAAAGAAACGGAGCUCAAUAAUGCUCUAGCUGAUUUAAUAUCAUUAUCUAAUGAUGCGAAUACAUCCUCGUCUGUGUCUUCGUCAUCGCGAUCAUUAGCAAAUAUGUCGCAACAACGGCGAGCUUCGAGUGUGAAUGAUAACAGCAAUAGUAUAUCAUCAAGCAUUGCUCUGUUAAACAAUCUACUGGAAACAUUUGAAUUAGACAAUGAAGGAUAUAAAAGUCAACUAUCGAAGAAAACCAAUGUCGAUUCCACGAAAGCGAACAAUAAGUUUUGUUUUAUGACAUCGGAUAAUGUAUGCGCAAAUUGUAAACAGUCGUUUGCGAUAAACGAACAAAUUAUUAAUGCCGCUGGCCAAAUUUGGCAUACACAAUGCUUUGUGUGUGCUCAAUGUUUUCAACCUUUCGAAAAUGGAUUAUAUUUCGAACACGAUGGUCGUAAAUAUUGUGAACGAGAUUUUCAAAUGCUAUUCGCACCAUGCUGUGCUGAAUGUGCACAUCCAAUUGUCGGUCGAGUUAUCCGAGCCAUCCAAAAAUGUUUUCAUCCCGAUUGUUUUCGCUGUCAUGUAUGUCACAUACCGUUACUUGAGAUUGGCUUCUCGAAAAACAAUGGAAAAGCUUUGUGUCGGGAAUGUCAUCUGAAAGAAAAACAGAAAGAUCCGACCUUUUCUCAACCGAUCUGUUCAACAUGUCAGCAAGUCAUCGAAAGUAAAUAUAUCAAAUACAGAGGUGAAUGUUACCACGCCUAUCAUUUUCAAUGCACAACUUGCCGUGUGGAAUUGGAUGAAAAUGCUCAAGACGUACGUGGUUUAUUGUAUUGUCAAGCAUGUUAUAAUAAACUUGAUUUACCUGUGUGUGCGGCAUGUCGACGUUUAAUUGAUGAUCGAGUUGUCAGUGCUCUGGGAAAACAAUGGCACGUCGAGCAUUUCUGUUGUGCACGCUGUGGUCAAGCGUUUCUCGGCAAUAAACAUUUCGAACACAAAGGUUUAGCUUAUUGUGAAACAGAUUAUCACUUUCUUUUCGGUUCGUCAUGUUUUAUUUGCAGUCGAGUGCUUGUCGAUGGAGCUUAUGUUGCGUGUAAUAAAAAGUAUUGUGUGGAUCAUUUUGCUUGCUCAACAUGCGAAACACAAAUGAAUGAGAAAAGUAAAUUUUACGAUGUUGAUGCCACACCGGUUUGCAAACCAUGUUACGGCAAACUACCAUCGGAUAUUCGAAAAUCGUUAGAACAAAAUCAGAAAAAGAAGCCGUUAUCAUCGAUUUUGAAACAAACGAUUGUUUAA